AUGCCAGGCUCUCCAGAUUUCCCUCCUGGUGGUAUGCUGAGUCCUCCUGUGCCAUCUGCACAUCCGAUGCUGUUCCUCCAGUUUGAGACCAGGCACUCUAUCUACGACUCCAGCGAGCCGCAGGGCCAAUUCAUCGUAGAGGCUUCCACUUCUCACACGCAUGGAGAACCGCUAGAGGAGAUUGUCGGAAGGAGUGACAGCACAGACGUAAAUCUGGCUUUCGAGAUCACGGUGGACGACCAUGCAUUGAUAUCCGCCAACAUCAACACCUCUGCUGGUCCCCAGCUGUUCGACUUCGAUUUUGCCAGUCUUCCGCCACGCUUGAAAGCCUACGAAGCAGUUUUGGAGGCCACCCUGUCUCCUCAUGGAGGCGACCAGAACUUCACGGCCACGACCGACUUAUACUACUUGCCGGCGAAGAAUAGCGGCAGCACAGUUAAAGUCGACAAUCUCUAUGGCGGCAUGCUGGUUGCCAACGACGCCACAGACUACGCCUUCAAGCCGCUACUACCAUUCGGCUUCUAUACGUCCUGCUCUGGAUAUCUCAACUACAGUCUCUCCAACGUGGCAGCCUAUAAGGACCUUGGCUUCAACGCGAUCAAUCCUGUAUGUGCUUUCACAGACGGUAAUCUGGACUACUUAUUCGACUGGCUGGACGAGACGAACGUAUGGUACCAAUACGACAUGCGAGGAUCUUACCUGAAUCUCAGCUCUGUUGCUGAACAGAUACCUCUGAUCAAGGAUAGGAGUGCCUUCUUAAGCUGGUACACCGCCGACGAGCCGGAUGGAUGGCAGUACCCCUUGAAUUCUACACGGCUUACUUAUGAGUCCUUGAAGGAGCAGGAUCCUUAUCAUCCUACUGGUUUGGUCCUCAAUUGUGACAAUUAUCAUUUCAAGGAGUACUCGACUGGUGCAGACUAUCUGAUGGAGGACGCAUAUCCUGUCGGCAUUGACCCUGCGUAUUCUCGACCAUGGAACACAACUUGCAAUACGACCUACGGCGACUGCGGCUGCGACAACUGUAUAGGCGAGCUCGAGGACGUGAGCAACAGACUGGACUCAUACCGCGACUACCAGCAAUGGCUUGGGCGAUGGCAGAAGCCGUUGUGGUCGGUACUGCAAGCAUUCCAUGGACCGUACUGGAGCAGAAAUCCUACCGCGAUUGAAACUUGGGCUAUGGUCAUGCUAUCUUUCAGCCAUGGAGCGAAGGCGGUCAUGUCCUGGCAGUUCCCAAACAGCGACGCUCUUAGCGAAGCACACGCUGCCUUUGCGAAGGUCGCAACCCUCCCGCCUGUAUCGACGUUUUUGCUGAAUGAUAAUCCAAAGUCGGUCAAAACCGACGGUAAUGAGAAACUGGAUGUAUCGUACUGGAUGCAUGGGGAUGAAAUGAUGGUUGGGAUCGCCAAUCUGGAACGCGAGAACAAUCAGCAGCGGGUCGAGAUAGGGCUACCUUUUGCCUGUAAAGGCACUGGAAGCCAGCCUUGGGGAAAUGUCGCCUGGAAACUGGCCGAAUCCAAUCAAUCAUGCACGCUCGUCAGCGCGAACGGACUAGAAGGUCUGGCAACCAGUAUCGUGAUCCUACGAAUGGAAACGGAAUGA